GACAAAACGACAAGCAGUUUAUCCAAAUGCAGCAGUGGUUUGUAAAGAAACCAGUGACGAGGGACAAAUAAUCUUCUACAAAAUCGUUGAAUCACGGUAAGAUUGGAUUAUUCUAACACCUUCUAAAGACAUUCGACUAGCCUACUUUACUAUUUGCCCCCUAACUUCAAUCUGACUGGUUCUGGCAGGGUUAUGGGAGAAAGUGACAGACCUGUUUACUAGCUGGAGAAUGGGAGUGUGUGUGCCUGCAUGUGUGCGUGCGCUAUACAUCCCCUCUCUCUGUCUGUCUACAGCCACAGGUUUGAAUACAGGAACGACUGUCCCACAGGAUUCGCUCAUGCAAACACUGAGAGAGUGAAGGUAGGGAGGGAGAGGAAGGCAGUGGUUAAGAGUUCAGCCAAGCAGCGAACAAAAACACUCAAAUCCAUAUUGUGACAAUAGCAACAGCUGAUUUGCCUGAGCUCAAUUCUGGUUGAGUGACUCCAUCCUGUUCUUUUGUUUACAACAGACCACAAUGUGUGUGCGUGUUUGUGUGCGUUUAACCACUGUGUGUGUUUGUAGACAGUGUGUGUUUGUGUAUAGCUGUUUUUCUGUGCUACCAAAAACAUGUUUGUGUAACUGUGGUGUGUGUUUAGGCUACUAGUUCAUAGAGAAACAGACUUGAAAUAUGACUGAGUCAACACACCCAACAACUUCAGUUUUGUUAAUAAACCGUAUGUAUGUGCCGAUAUACAUUUAUUUUAUAGAGCUGACAUGUUUCCCUAUGCAAUUACUAUGUAAUAACAAUCAUAUCUGUUCUACACAGUAGCCUAUAUUUCUAACAUAAAUCGUUGUAAUGUUGUCUUCCUGAACACGACCCUGGUGUGUGUGUAGGUGAUGAGCAGCAGUCCCAUGGCAGGCUCUUCCAGCGCAGCGAGGGACCGCCCACCCACACGGACCAGCUUCAUCCCCGAAAUACAGAGCAUGAUGUAACUACACACACUGAGUCAGAUUGCCCCAAAAACACACACACACAGGCAGACAGAUAGAUCCACUUACCCCAGUAGAGGUUGUGUUGACUCGGGCUGAAAAGGCUGUUGGACGCCAUGACAACAGUGUAUCACAGAGUAACCAGCUAGCUUCAGCAGUAGGUUGACCGUAGUGACGAAGGGUUGUUGUGUGGUCGGGUCCUGGUCUGCCACACAGAGACGGUCUGCGUUGUGGUUCUGUGGUCCUAGAGCGGUCUGUGUGAUGGCGUUCGGACCACAGCGUGGUCACCAUACUCCCUUGCUCCACCCUCAUUGGACGAACCACAUUCAUCUGACUAUGACAUCACUGCCGUCACACUCUCACAGAUUCUCAGGUGUUCAACCCAACCUUUGCAUAGAGAUACACCACAUCCCUCAACCUCACCUACUAGAACAGAGCCUGCAUCCUGUGUGUGUGUGUGUUUCUAACCCGUCUCGUGUGUGUGUGUGUGUGCGUGUUCUAGGUUUGCUCUGGGAGAUGCUCGCAGACCCCUACAUGAGACUGCUGCUCUGGUGGAGGACAUUGUACAUACCCAACUCAUCAACCUGGUAACACACACACACAUUUUUAGUCCCUGUUCUCUCUCUGAUACUGACAAACCUUUUCAGCUACUAAACACUAACUCCUCUCUUCUCUUUAUUUAAUUUAAUUUUUAUUUAACCAGGUAAGCCAGUUGAGAACAAGUUCUCAUUUACAACUGCGACCUGGCCAAGAUAAAGCAAAGCAGUGCGAUAAAAACAACAACACAGAGUUACAUAUGGGAUAAACAAAACGUACAGUCAAUAACACAAUAGAAAAUCUAUAUACAGUGUGUGCAAAUGUAGUAAGUUAUGGAGGUAAGGCAAUAAAUAGGCCAUAGUGCAAAAUAAUUACAAUUUAGUAUUAACACUGGAGAGAGAGAUGUGCAAAAGAUGAUGUGCAAAUAGAGAUACUGGGGUGCAAAUGAGCAAAAUAAAUAACAAUAUGGGGAUGAGGUAGUUGGGUGGGCUAAUUUCAGAUGGGCUGUGUACAGGUGCAGUGAUCGGUAAGCUGCUCUGACACCUGAUGCUUAAAGUUAGUGAGGGAGAUAAGAGUCUCCAGCUUCAGAGAUUUUUGCAGUUCGUUCCAGUCAUUGGCAGCAGAGAACUGGAAGGAAUGGCAGCCAAAGGAGGUGUUGGCUUUGGGGAUGACCAGUGAGAUAUACCUGCUGGAGCGCAUACUACGGGUGGGUGUUGCUAUGGUGACCAAUGAGCUAAGAUAAGGCGGGGAUUUGCCUAGCAGUGAUUUAUAGAUGACCUGGAGGCAGUGGGUUUGGCAACGAAUAUGUAGUGAGAGCCAGCCAACGAGAGCGUACAGGUCACAAUGGUGGGUAGUAUAUGGGGCUUUGGUGACAAAACGGAUGGCACUGUGAUAGACUACAUCCAAUUUGCUGAGUAGAGUGUUGGAGGCUAUUUUGUAAAUGACAUCGCCUAAGUCAAGGAACGGUAGGAUAGUCAGUUUUACGAGGGCAUGUUUGGCAGCAUGAGUGAAGGAGGCUUUGUUGCGAAAUAGGAAGCCGACUCUGGAUUUAACUUUGGAUUGGAGAUGCUUAAUGUGAGUCUGGAAGGAGAGUUUACGGUCUAACCAGACACCUAGGUAUUUGUAGUUGUCCACAUAUUCUAAGUCAGACCCGCCGAGAGUAGUGAUUCUAGUCGGGCGGGCGGGUGCAAGCAGUGUUCGAUUGAAGAGCAUGCAUUUAGUUUUACUAGCGUUUAAGAGCAGUUGGAGGCUAUGGAAGGAGUGUUGUAUGGCAUUGAAGCUUGUUUGGAGGUUUAACACAGUGUCCAAUGAAGGGCCAGAUGUAUACAAAAUGGUGUCGUCUGCGUAGAGGUGGAUCUGAGAGUCACCAGCAGCAAGAGCGACAUCAUUGAUAUACACAGAGAAUAGAGUCGGCCCGAGAAUUGAACCCUGUGGCACCCCCAUAGAGACUGCCAGAGGUCCAGACAACAGGCCCUCCGAUUUGACACAUUGAACUCUAUCUGAGAAGUAGUUGGUGAACCAGGCGAGGCAGUCAUUUGAGAAACCAAGGCUAUUUAGUCAGCCAAUAAGAAUGCGGUGAUUGACAGUCGAAAGCCUUGGCCAGGUCCAUGAAGACGGCUGCACAGUACUAUCUUUUAUCGAUCGCGGAUAUAAUAUUGUUUAGGACCUUGAGCGUGGCUGAGGUGCACCCAUGACCAGCUCGGAAACCGGAUUGCAUAGCGGAGAAGGUACGGUGGGAUUCGAAAUGGUCGGUGAUCUGUUUGUUAACUUGGCUUUCAAAAACUUUCGAAAGGCAGGGCAGGAUGGAUAUAGGUCUGUAACAGUUUGAAUCUAGAGUGUCACCCCCUUUGAAGAGGGGGAUGACCGCGGCAGCUUUCCAAUCUCUGGGGAUCUCAGACGAUAUGAAAGAGAGGUAGAACAGGCUAGUAAUAGGGGUUGCGACAAUUUCGGCGGCUAAUUUUAGAAGGAGAAGAGGGGGGGGGGGGGCAUGGGCAAGUUGCAGCGGAGGGUGCAGAGCUGUUAUUCUCCAUGGACUUUACAGUGUCCCAAAAACUUUUUGGAGUUAGUGCUACAGGAUGCACAUUUGUGUUUGAAAAAGCUAGCCUUUGCUUUCCUAACUGAUUGUGUAUAUUGGUUCCUGAUUUCCCUGAAAAGUUGCUUAUCGCGGGGGCUGUUCGAUGCUAAUGCAGUACGCCACAGGAUGUUUUUGUGCUGGUCAAGUCUGGGGUCAACCAGGGGCUAUAUCUGUUCUUAGUUCUGCAUUUUUUGAAUGGGGCAUGCUUAUUUAAGAUGGAGAGGAAAGCAAUUUUAAAGAACAUAUGUGUGUGUGUGUGUGUGUGUAGCUACAGCAGGCGUGUGAGGGGGCGGUGCUUAGGGGGUCAAGGGUCAUCUCAGCUGAGGACAUCCUGUUCCUCAUGAGGAGAGACAAGGUACACCAGCUAUAUACACACGCACACCAUACACAGACACACCAUACACUCACACUAUUUUCUGCCUGCAAUACCUGUAAAGUACAGAUUUCAGCUGACUGGCGUUAACUAGAAAACUGGAGGCCUGUAGUAUUACUUUAGACUACAUCAUAUUCUCCACUCUCUCUCUCUCCCAUCACUUUCUCUUCCCCUUCACUCUCUCUCUCCCCCUACAGAAGAAGGUGAGGAGGUUGUUAAGGUAUCUACAGUUCAGAGACUACAAGUCUAAAGUGCUGAAAACCAUCGAAGAUGAGGAACCACUGGAGUCAGGUACUUGACACAGUACAUGUCUGCUUGCCUGAGACCUGAAGAGUCAGGGGUUAAAGCAAAACAAAUCCCAUGACUGAAACUUAAGUCAAUCUCCGAUUGUCUGGGGCCAUGUUAUCCUCCCCUUUCAUGUAAAAAAAGUCAUGACCAUCAUGUUUUUAAGGAAAGAGGAUCAUUUUGUAUAUGUAUUAAACUGCGCAUUUGACCAAUUCCAGUCCCCUUGCUUAGAGGGUCCGAGGUCCUCCCUGGGAUAAUUUUUAUGUAGAAGGACUGAGAAGCUUAGUUCUGGUAACUUUUUAAAAGGAUAAAAUGAUGCUGACACCAUCUAAAAUAUGAUUUCCACCUCCAGAGAUUGGCAUAGUUGCUAUAAAAUAUACAUAGGAUGAAGCAUGGGGUUGGUCCAUCUGCAUUUACCCCAUUGGACACAACAUCCUGAUUGUUGUUAUUCAUUAUUAUUAUUAUUUUAUUAUAAAUAUAUCAAUAAUUAUUAGUUAUUAUUUACUCUAAAAAGUAGUUUUUGUUUGUUUCUGUUACAAAGUAUGUCAUUGCCCUUUUAAGAGCUCUGUUGCGCAACUGCGCGUAAAUCAUGCUUGAAACUCCGGUUGUAAAACUGCAUCUGUAAAACAAUGGCACAAGCACAAUUGAAGGAGUAGAGAAAUAAACCUGGUAGAAAUGUAGAACUGGGAUCCCCCUAUUUUUUAUUAAACAAAGGCCAAAACUGCUUUCAAAAGUUUUCCUGCGAUUGCAUUAAGAAUGGUUGUGCAUUUACUGCUUGUCGGAAUACGUUUCCCUUGAAUGCGCCUCGAGAUGAAUAUUUUUCUGUCAUAGAACACACAACAAUAAGCCGACUAGGUAAAUAGGUAAACUAUUCUUCUGUGGGGUUGUCUGAUUUUGUUUUAAUAACAACAUUAAAUGGCAAAAAUAGUAACACUGGAAAGUUCCUUCCUGAGUGAUAAAGUAUGGGCAUUGAAUGACUUUGCUACAGUAGGCUGGCUACACAACUCUAUAGACUAUUUAAUUCCCUUCAUCUGAACAUCGGAGUGUCAUCAACAAUCAUGCAUGUCAGUUCAGUGUAACAGAGAAAAUAACAUAUUUGGGAAUAUAUUUCGUAGAACAGACUCCAAACCACCCCAUAAUCCCCCAGAGAUUUUGAUCUAAAAAACGACCUCUUCAGAAUCCAUAUGUUGGAAAUCCGUCGCAGUGACUGAGAACUUUAACCCUGCCUGAAGACUUGUUAGCUUCCAGUACUCCCAGAGAGUGCCUAGACUUUUGCUUAGAGGGCUAACAUGGUCACCUUUCUCUCUCACUCACACACACACACAUACACUGCUAGACAGGUGGGUUGUUGCCGGGAGUAACAAGCGCCAGCGGCUGGCAGGGGACUUCUUGUCCUGGGUGGACCAGACAGGAGAGUUCCUGUCCCUAUCUGACAACCAGGAAGUAGAUGACAUCAAACUGGAACGACUGGAGGUCAGAAUACACAAACAGACACACAUACACAGUGUGUUAAAGUGGUGUCUGGGUAGCAGCUCCCCUCAGUUAUUAUAAACUCCUCUCUCCACACUCUCUCUCUCUCAUUACCCCUCCUCUCUGUAGAGGUUGGAAAGACAGACCAGGGGGAUGGAUAGUGCUCAGUACAGUGAGUUCUGUGAGAGUCGGCAGCUCAGCUUUGGUGAGUAACACUUCUUCUCCCAACAUUUAUCCCCUAACCCAGUCUCUAAUAGGUGUUAUGUGUGUGUGUGUGUAGCUAAGAAGGCGUCUAAGUUCCGUGACUGGCUGGACUGCAGCAGUCUGGAGGUGAAGCCCAACACUGUCGCCAUGGAGAUCCUGUCCUACCUGGCUUAUGAGACCACCGCUCAGGUGUGUGUGGGUGUCUACCAGACUACUGUUAGUUAAAUAAUAAUAAUAUAAUGCCAUUUAGCAGACGCUUUUAUCCAAAGCGACUUACAGUCAUGUGUGCAUACAUUUUUGUGUAUGGGUGGUCCCGGGGGUCGAACCCACUACCUUGGCGUUACAAGCGCCGUGCUACCAGCUGAGCUACAGAGGAGCUUAAAGAACUAAAAGCCUCCCACAAUAAAAAAAUACUGCAGACUUUACUAUAGUAUUCACUGUAUUGUUUUUGCCGACAUGACUGUAGUAUGCUAUAUUAUUUACUGUAGUGUUUUUACAGACAUGACUGAAGUAUAUACUAUAGUUUUCACUGUAGUGUUUCUUUUGCGGACAUGACUGUAGUAUACUAUAGUAUUCACUGUAGUGUUUCUGCAGACUUUACUGAAGUAUUCACUAUAGUGUUUUUGCAGACAAAAAAUCAAUUUAAUCAAUUUUGAAUUUGGGCUGUAACACAACAAAAUGUGGAAUAAGUCAAGGGGUAUGAAUAUUUUCUGAAGGCACUUGUGAAGUGGGUAAAACGGUAUGAAACAUUAUUAAAGUGACCAGUGUUCAAUGACUAUGUACAGUACAUAGAGCAGCAGUCCCUAAGGUGCAGGGUUGAGUACCGGGCGGUAGCCAGCUAGUAACAGGGACUAAGUUCAGGGCAGGGUACUGAGCGGAGGCCGGCUAGUGGUGACUAUUUAACAGUCUGAUGGCCUGGAGAUAGAAGCUGUUUUUCAGUCUCUCGGUCCCAGCUUUGAUGCACCUGUACUGUCUCCGGCUUCUAGAUGGUAGCAGGGUGAACAGGCCGUGGUUCAGGUGGCUGAGGUUCUUGAUAAUCUUCUUGGCCUUCCUGUGACACCGGGUGCUGUAGAUGUCCUGGAGGGGAGGCAGUGUGCCUCCGGUGAUGCUUUGGGCUGACCCCACCACCCUCUGGAGAGCCCUGCGUUUGAGGACAGUGCAAUUGCCGUACCAGGCGGUGAUACAGCCCGAGAGAAUGCUCUCAAUGGUGCAUCUGUAGAAGUUUGUGAGGGUCUUAGGGGCCAAACCGAAUUUCUUCAGCUUCUUGUGAUUGAAGAGGCUGUAUUGCACCUUCUUCACCACACUGUCUGUGUGGAUAGACCAUUUCAGGUUGUCUCACCAUCUACACUGCGGCCCCGUCUAAGAGGAUGGGGGUGGGGGGGGGGGGGGGGGGGGGGGGGGUGCUCUCUCUGCCGUCUCCUGAAGUCCACGAUCAGCUCCUUCAUUUUGUUGAAUUUGAGGGAGAGUUAUUUUCCUGGCACCACUCAGCCAGGGACCUCACCGCCUCCCUGUAUGCUGUCUCGUCGUUGUUGGUAAUCAGGCCUACCAUUGUUGUGUCAUCAGAACUUGAUGAUUGAGUUGUAUAGGGAGUGAACAGGGAGUACAGGAGGGGGCUGAGCAUGCACCGUUGUGGGUCCCCCGUGUUGAGGAUCAGCAUAGCGGAGGUGUUGUUGCCCCUUCACCACCUGGGGUCGGCCCGCCAGGAAGUCCAGGACCCAGUUGAACAGGGCGGGGUUCAGACCCAAGGCCCCAAGCUUAGAGAUUAACCUGAGGGGACUAUGGUGUUGAAGGCUGAGCUGUAGUCGAUGAACAGCAUUUUUACAUGGGUAUUCCUCUUGUCCAGAUAGGAUAGGGCAGUGCGAUGGCGAUUGCGUCAUCCGUGGAUCUGUUGGGGCGGUAUGCAAAUUGUAGUGGGUCUAGGGUUUCGGGUAAGGUGGAGGUGACAUGAUCCUUAACUAGCCUCUCAAAGCACUUCAUGAUGACAGAAGUGAGUGCUAUGGGGCGAUAGUAAUUUAGUUCAGUUCCCUUCACAUUCUUGGGUACAGGAACAAUGAUGGACAUCUUGUAGCAAGUGCGAACAGCAGACUGGGAUAGGGAGAGAUUGAAUAUGUCCAUAAACACUCCAGCCAGCUGGUCUGCACAUGCCCUAAGGACGUGGUUUGGGAUGCCGUCUGGGCUGGCAGCCUUCCGAGGUUUAACGCUUAAAUGUCUUACUCACGUCGGCCACGGAGAACGAUAGCUCACAGUCCUUGUGAGCGGCGGAGGCCCGCCUCGGCGGCUCUGUGUUUUCCUCGAAGCAGGCGAAGAAAGUGUUUAGCUUGUCCGGAAGCGAGGCGUCGGUGUCCGCGACGUGGCUGGCUUUCCCUUUAUAAUCUGUGACUGUCUGGAGUCCCACAGUGCCUUCAGAAAGUAUUCACACCCGUUGACUUUUUCCACAUUUUGUUGUCACUGGCCAACACACAAUAUCUCAUAAUGUCAAAGUGGAUGUUUUUAUACAUUUUUACACAUUAAUUAAAACAUGAAAAUCUGAAAUGUCUUGAAUCAAUAAGUAUUCAACCCCUUUGUUAAGGCAAACCUAAGUAAUGGCUAUUUGGACUAUAUGCAUUGACCCUCAUUUUUACGCUGCUGCUACUCGCUGUUUAUUAUCUAUGCAUAGUCACUUUACCCCUACCUACAUGUACAUAUUACCUCAAUUACCUCGACUAACCCGUACCCCCGCACAUUGACUCGGUACCCCCUGUAUAUUGCCUCAUUAUUGUUAUUUUAUUGUGUAACUUUUUUUACUUUAGUUUAUUUACCCCCUGAAUAUAGCCUCGUUAUUGUAUUGUGUUACUUUUUUGACUUUAGUUUAUUUAGCAAUAAUUGUGUUACUCUGCAUUGUUGGUUAAGGGCCUGUAAGUAAGUAUUUCACGGUAAGGUAUACACCUGUUGUAUUUGGCGCAUGUGACAAAUACAAUUGUAUUUGAUACUACAGUGUGUAGUAAAGUAUUCUACAGUAUAAUGCAAAAUAUUAAAGUAACCACUGCACACGAGCGAAGGAUACUACAAUGUGUAAUAUAGAAUUCUCCAGUAUACUACACAAUUCUAUAGUAAGCACUACACAAUCAAGGGAUACUACAAUGUAUAGUAUUGUACAGUAUACUAGAACACUCUAAAGUAAGUACUACACAUGAUCAAGGGAUAGUAGUGUGUAGUAUAGUUUUCUCCAGUAUAAUACAAGUCUAUAGUAAGCACUACACGAUCGACGGAUUCUACAGUAUACUACAGAAUUCUAUAGUAGGUACUAUAGUGUUCUAUAGUAAACUGUAUUAUUUUUUUUAUGUGGGUUGUAUUGUUGCUCUGUUUGGAUUACAAGAUUCACUCCCUUGUUCUCUCUCUCUAGCUGGUAGAUCUGUCUCUGUUAGUGAAACAGGAUAUGACUCCAAAGACAGACCCCUUCAGCCAUGCUGUGUCUGCCAGCUUCAUACACUACCACAGCAAUACAGAGGUAAGUUAACACACACACUCCUCUGUUAGCCAUCUAACAGGAGUAGCAGCUAGCUAACUUGCUAUUCCUACUGGCCGCUCAUUUAAAACAUGUUCUCUCCACCCACCCUCCCGCUCCCUUCCCCACCUCUCUGACUCUCUCUCAGGUAAAGAGAGAUCCAGAAUCUCCAGAGACCACGCCCCCCUCCACUCCUUGCUCAUCCCACUCCUCUAAGCCCUCGAAUGGAGGCUUGGGAUUGGACAGUAAGAACAGGCAAAGGAAACGCAAGAAGGUCUGUUAAGAUAGUUUUUUUGUGUUGCACAGCUUGUGUGUGUGUGUAUACCAUGUGUUAAAGUGUGUGUGUUUCAGAGCUCAGCAGUGAGUGGUGUGGAGCCUCCCAGUGGAGCCAUUCAGCCCUGCCACAUCAGAGAGGCCAUCAGACGCUACAGUUACAGACACACGGUACACUCAUCUCACUUCCAUUCCUCUCUCCCCCCCCCCCCCCCCCCCCUCCUAUAUGUACUCUAGGACUGUCCUCUCACAAAACAACUGGUUGGAAGAAAUCAAUGUAACACAAUAAACACUGUCCCACUUUCCUCUUCCAGAGUGCUAAUAGGGGGAAUGGGAUGUCGUUCCUGGCCUGCUAAAAACAGAAGAAUGAGAAGAGUGGUUCGACAGGCUGUUGUUUUUUUAUGAUUUGAGAUUGAUUUACCAUAAAGACACAGGCAGUUAUCUAUUUAUGUUGAAGCCCAGACAACUUCCUGUCAUGACAUGGUGUGAUGUCACUUAGUCUGUGUUUACACAGGCAGCCCAAUUCUG